AUGGCGCCGUGCGGACGUGUCCGGAGCCGCUGCCCGGGCCCGGCGCUCCUCCUGCUUCUGGCGCUGGCGGCGCGGCCGGCGGCGGGCGGCCCUCCUCCCGCGGGCCCCGCCGCUGGCGGCGGCCUGGGCUUAGUGGGGCAGGCGGCGGGGCCGGGCGCGGCGGGCCCGCGGAGUCCCCGCGGCGGCGGCGGCUCGGGCAGCGGGUGGAAGCUGUCGGAGGAGGCGGUGUGCCGGGAGGACGUGGUGCGGCUCUGCUCCAAGCACAGCUGGGCCAACAACCUCGCCGUGCUCGAGUGCCUGCAGGACGUCCGCGAGCCAGAUAAUGAAAUCUCUUCAGACUGCAAUCACCUCUUGUGGAACUACAAGCUGAACCUGACUACAGAUCCGAAGUUUGAAUCCGUGGCCAGAGAAGUCUGCAAGUCCACUAUUGCAGAGAUCAAGGAGUGUGCAGAUGAACCAGUUGGUAAAGGCUUCUUGGUGUCUUGUUUGGUGGAUCACAGAGGCAACAUCACUGAAUAUCAGUGCCAUCAGUACAUCACCAAAAUGACAGCCAUUAUCUUCAGCGAUUAUCGGUUGAUCUGUGGCUUCAUGGAUGACUGCAAGGCUGACAUCAAUCUCCUGAAAUGUGGCAGCAUUCGACCUGGAGAAAAGGAUGCCCACUCACAAGGAGAGGUGGUGGCAUGCCUGGAAAAAGGCCUGGUAAAAGAGGCGGAGGAGACUGAUCCUCGAAUUCAGGUUUCUGAUCAGUGUAAGAAAGCAAUUCUUCGUGUAGCUGAACUCUCUUCGGAUGACUUCCACUUGGACCGCCACCUCUACUUUGCAUGCCGAGAUGAUAGAGAACGAUUUUGUGAAAAUACUCAGGCUGGGGAAGGCCGAGUGUACAAGUGCCUCUUUAAUCACAAGUUUGAAGAAUCAAUGAGUGAAAAGUGCCGUGAUGCGCUGACGACCCGCCAGAAGCUGAUUGCCCAAGACUACAAAGUCAGUUACUCGCUGGCAAAGUCCUGUAAAAGUGAUCUGAAGAAGUACCGCUGUAACGUGGAGAACCUUCCCCGGUCUCGGGAAGCCAGGCUUUCCUAUCUGUUGAUGUGCUUAGAGUCUGCUGUGCACAGAGGUCGACAAGUGAGCAGCGAGUGCCAGGGUGAAAUGUUGGAUUACCGGCGCAUGCUAAUGGAAGACUUCUCGCUGAGCCCAGAAAUCAUCCUGAGCUGCCGAGGGGAGAUUGAACACCACUGCUCAGGACUGCAUCGGAAAGGUCGCACCCUGCAUUGCUUGAUGAAAGUAGUACGGGGCGAAAAGGGAAACGUCGGGCUGAAUUGUCAGCAGGCACUUCAAACACUGAUUCAAGAAACUGACCCCGGUGCAGAUUACCGCAUUGACCGAGCGUUGAACGAGGCCUGUGAAUCGGUGAUACAGACUGCCUGCAAGCACAUACGGUCUGGGGACCCAAUGAUUCUAUCUUGCCUGAUGGAGCACUUGUAUACUGAGAAGAUGGUAGAGGACUGUGAGCAUAGGCUCCUGGAGCUCCAGUAUUUUAUAUCUCGUGAUUGGAAAUUGGAUACAGUCCUUUACCGCAAGUGUCAGGGAGACGCCUCCCGUCUCUGCCAUACCCAUGGCUGGAAUGAGACUAGUGAGCUGAUGCCUCCAGGGGCUGUUUUCUCCUGCUUGUACAGGCAUGCAUACCGCACAGAGGAGCAAGGAAGGAGGCUAUCACGAGAGUGCAGAGCAGAGGUCCAGAGAAUCCUCCAUCAGCGUGCUAUGGACGUGAAGCUGGACCCAGCGCUCCAGGACAAGUGCAUGAUUGACUUAGGGAAGUGGUGCAGUGAAAAAACGGAGACAGGGCAGGAGCUGGAAUGCCUUCAGGACCAUCUUGAUGACUUGGUGUCUGAUUGCAGAGACAUAGUGGGAAACCUCACUGAGCUGGAGUCAGAGGACAUUCAAAUUGAAGCCUUGCUGAUGAGAGCAUGUGAGCCCAUUAUCCAGACGUUCUGUCAUGAGGUUGCAGAUAACCAGAUUGAUUCUGGGGAUCUGAUGGAGUGUCUAAUACAGAACAAACACCAGAAGGAAAUGAAUGAAAAAUGUGCAAUUGGAGUUACUCAUUUCCAGCUGGUUCAAAUGAAAGAUUUUAGGUUCUCAUACAAGUUUAAAAUGGCUUGCAAGGAGGAUGUGCUGAAACUUUGUCCCAACAUCAAAAAAAAGGUGGAUGUAGUGAUCUGUCUGAGCACAACUGUGCGCAAUGAUACUUUGCAGGAUGCCAAGGAGCACAGGGUCUCUCUGAAGUGCCGCAAACAGCUGCGUGUUGAGGAGCUAGAGAUGACGGAGGAUAUCAGACUUGAACCAGAACUGUAUGAGGCUUGUAAAAGUGACAUCAAGAAUUACUGCCAAAACGUGCCCUAUGGCAAUGCUCAGAUUAUUGAAUGCCUGAAAGAAAUCAAGAAGCAGUUGAGUACCCGGUGCCACCAGAAGGUGUUUAAACUGCAGGAGACGGAGAUGAUGGAUCCGGAACUGGACUACACGCUCAUGAGAGUCUGCAAGCAGAUGAUCAAGCGGUUCUGUCCAGAGGCAGACUCAAAAAAUAUGUUGCAGUGUUUGAAACAAAACAAGAACAGUGAAGUGAUGGAUCCUAAAUGCAAGCAAAUGAUUACCAAGCGCCAGAUUACACAGAACACAGAUUACCGCUUAAAUCCAGUGCUCAGGAAGGCGUGCAAAGCAGACAUACCGAAAUUCUGCCAAAAUAUCCUGAAUAGGGCCAAGGACGAUACAGAGCUGGAAGGACAAGUCAUCUCAUGCCUGAAGUUGAAAUAUGCAGACCAACGUCUCUCUCCAGACUGCGAGGACCAAAUUCGAGUGAUAAUCCAGGAGUCGGCUCUUGAUUAUCGGCUGGAUCCCCAACUUCAGAUGCACUGUUCUGAUGAGAUUUCCAGCUUGUGUGCGGAAGAAGCAGCAGCUCAGGAGCAGACUGGGCAGGUGGAAGAAUGUCUGAAAGUGAAUCUGCUGAAAAUAAAAACUGAAAUGUGCAAAAAGGAAGUGCUCAACAUGCUGAAAGAAAGCAAAGCAGAUAUAUUUGUUGACCCAGUGCUCCACACAGCCUGUGCCCUAGACAUCAAACACCACUGUGCUGCCAUUCCACCGGGGAGAGGACGCCAAAUGUCAUGCUUAAUGGAAGCUCUGGAAGAUAAGCGUGUGAGGUUGCAGCCUGAAUGCAAGAAACGCCUUAAUGAUCGUAUCGAAAUGUGGAGCUAUGCUGCAAAGGUUGCCCCAGCGGAAGGCUUUUCUGACCUUGCCAUGCAAGUUAUGACCUCUCCGUCCAAGAAUUACAUACUGUCUGUGAUCACGGUCGGCAUCUGUGUACUCUUCCUCAUCGGCCUGAUGUGUGGACGCAUCACCAAGCGGGUGACAAGAGAGCUCAAGGACAGGUAGAGCCUGGAUUGCCUGCUGAAGAAAUGCCUGCCCAGUGCCCAGUUUUGUACAGCCCUCCUCUGUAUAGUCUACCCACCCCCUCUUGUGAGAGGAGAAUAAAAAAAAAAAAAAAAAUUAGAACAGCAGCAGGUGUUGGCUCAGUUUUCCCAUCCUGGAUCUCAUCCACAGCAUCUUCAUCCUAUGAAAGUUUGUGUGCAACACUGGCAGCCCAGCCAGCAGCUUUUGUUACCCCUUUGUUAGCAGACUCUCGUUUACCUGCCUGUAGACAAGUCUCUAUUGUACUGUUGGAACUGCCUUCACUCUCCAAAUCGGACUGAUAUGACCUGCAGCUCAAGCAGUUUUUAAGUAAAUUUUUAAAGAAAGACAUACCGACUAUAUGAUUUAGGUAAUGGUUCAUACUGAAAUCUAGUCAUCCUCUGUGGCUGGGUGAAAUUGAGGCAGGAAAUUAAAGGGUAAAUUGCAUCUUACACCACAGUUGGCCUUGUUUUGGACAUCUUGCUCGUCUUAUGUAAAGCAUCUUCAGAGCAUAGUCUUGGACAACCUAAGGACACCAGUCCCUGGUGUCCUCUUCUAGUGAAUAUCCUGCUUCUGUUACUGUGGAUUUUUUUGGCUGAAAAGAUGUCCUCCCUUUCUUCCUCUGCCACUCGCAAGAUAGAAUAAAAUACUGACCAGGAUCAAAUACUCACGUGAGCUGUACAACUUGUAUUUCGGUAGAUUAAAGACACGGUGUAGACGCGAGGCACGUAGAGCCUGUCAGUAGUGUACAGCGCUGCUCUCAGCGGGCAUUAAGUGCCCUGAUUAGUUACUCGGUCAACUUUUUUAUUAGUGAUGAUGCAGUAAAAUUCUAACACUCCUUUUAUUUUACCUCGCUGCUGCUAAGCUAUUACCCUUCCAAAUUAACUAUCUACAGAUGGUAUUGAUGCGCUGGCAAUAUGGUGCUUUGUCAGUGAUGCAGAAAGCGACUGAACACUCAACAAGCUCUAUCUGUAAAACGGUUACGUGUGAGUUAGCGCAGUGGUUUGUAACUGGCCUGCCUGGGUCUUAAUAGUUUGAAUGGUAGCCCCGAAGAGUGUUCUUCAUUUCGAUAAUUACAGUUGAUAAGGGAUAGCAACUGGUGUUUUCUGGGAUGGUGGGACACAGGUGCUGGUCCAGAAGGCCAAGCAGGAGUGGUUGGGAGGAUGAUGGUGUUGUAUGAAAGGCAGAAACAUCUGGAUCUUUAAGGGAAGUAGCUUUCACACUGUUCCCGUCAGUGUGUGUGCUCCCACUGUAUAUAGUUACACUCCCAGAACAUGAUACUCGUACUCGAGAGCCCAAAGAAGGUGUUUUAGAAAAGCUGCACCAGUAGUUGUGGCCUCUUACCAUCACCUUUGUUCCUCAAGUACAAGGAGGCGUGGAGGUCAUAAGCCACGUGCUUUGGCUGAAACGUUGAAUGUGUUGGUGAAAUCUAGAAGUGACUGCACAAGAGUCCACAUGUACAGUAGGAUAUACUUUAUUCUUAGAUGCGCUCACCUGCGUGUGCUGCAGUAAAAAUCACGUGCCUGAAAAUGUCCAACUUAGGCUGAUGCUUGAACCCUAACUUUAUUUUCCCACUUAGUGCACUGCUAGGUAAGACCUGACACUUCCAGUUCUCCGCGUUGUUCUCUAGAAGAGCAGCGGAGGUGGAUUUGAGACCCUUUGGAGUGUGGACCAGCUGAUUCUGAUGAUGCUGCAUGUACAGAAUGGCGUAUGCAAAAUACUGUGAGCUUUUGCUGCAACUGAAGCUUUUUUGCAAACGUACCUUCAUCCUGCUCUGAGGAUGGACAGCAGACUAUAAGUGAUACAGUUUUAGACUUACUGUGCUAGUGAGUCUUUCACAAACACUUCUGGUUUUAUAUCAAAGUAUUAUGAACACAAGGCAAGCAGAAGAGAAUGUCUGAGCAGUGAAGGUUCAGUGGACAAUUAGUGCAUGGUAGGAUUCCAGUUAAGUGGUUAGGUAGAACAGAAAUUCAGCCUGAAUUCUUUCUCUCACCCCUCUUCCCUGGUGCUAACGGAGCUUAACUGGCCCUCUGUCCCUGUGAAGUGGAGCAGAAGAAGAACGGUUGAUCAUGUCUCUUGAGGUAGCGCAGGUGUAUAACACCGCAAAUGUUAGUUUGGCAAUUAGAAGUGUAUAUUGUUUCACUUGACAGAGCGCUGAAAUUACUGCUGUAGAGAUGGGUGUGUUCACAGAGCUGCCGGCAAGGGAUUUGGGAUCUUUGUGCAGCCUUGCUGCACUUGGCACGAGUCCUGCUUCUCAAAAUGUCUACCAGGCAUAAUUAAAUUGCUAUUGGAGGGCUUUUUUUAAACUGUUGUGACUUUUUGAAAAGGCAGUUUGUAACCUGAUUAGCUUGAAAAGCCUAAUUAGAUGGUUUAUUGUCUAGAAAUAGCAUCUUCUACUAAAUUCCAAAAGAAAUUGCAGUGAAAAUUGUAGGUUUGUAGCCGUAGUUCUGAAUGUAAACCCUGUUCAGCUCUGAAGGUGACUUUCUUUACUUUCAGAUAUAAGGCUUUCUGGGUUUUUUUGCUUUUUAAUUUGGAGCAGGUUAAGGUAAGGGUGCCUGGAGUGCUGCGUUAGGAGUCUGGUCUUCGGUGGUGUUAGUCUAGGGUCAGUGGUGUUUCUGACUGUGUCAGCAGGCUCAGCUGGGAAUUCGGUUUCAGUGCGAGUGCUCUGGGAUGGUGUUACAAGUAUGUGUCUAGAGGCCCUCUCAAGCAAAGGUAGGAUGCUAAAUAAAUUUCUGCAUGAUUUCCUCGGAUGUCCUUUGUCACUGUUAAGGCACAGAGCCACCUUUUAAAGGUGUGUGACACUGGCAAAGGGUCCAGCCCAUUUUAUCAUUGAGCAUAGUUCUCUCUUCGUGUUUUAAAGUGGGGCCUCCUGCCACUGCCCGUGACCAAAUUUGCUUUUUUCGUGACUAGAAAUCCACCAGUCCCAGUCUUGAAACAUCCUCCUCCUUUUCCACGUAUACCUAAAAAUGUAGAGGUCUCAAAAGCACAGAAGCCCACGCAAGUACUCUUCCAAAAAUAACCUGCUCGUGCUGUUGCCAACACAACCUCUUGCCUGCAGGUAACCAUUUGCCAUUGCGGGGAAAGAAAGAAAAGGUUGUAAGAAACACUGCUGUUGCCUUGAACUCAAGGAAGCCUUUUUAACUUCUCUGAUCUAAUAGAGAGCGCUAGAAAUAGCUGCCGUCAACCAAGAGAAGAGUGGUGGUGUGGCAAAACCUGGGGUACCCCUUCCUCUUCGUGACCCUUGUCUCUCGGGGGAGAAGGCUGCCUUCUGCAGAAUGGAAUCUGGGAGGUGUGGGUUGGUUUUUUCUUUUCUCCUUGUCAUCACGAAACCUUCUCUUGGAGAGCUUAUUCUAGAGAUGGUGAUGCUGAUGCUCCCGGGGAUGUACGGAAGGGGUAGACGGCUGGAACCUAGCAAGGCAUGCAGCUCUUCGCUUCUCUCCUGCUGCUGCGAGGGUUAACGAGUUAUUUUUCCUAAACGAUGGCACGUGUUUAGAUGACAUGGGUAAGGGGGACUGUGCAUGAUGUGCACCUCGUUACUUCACUCCUGCUAGCCCCUUAGUGUCUGUUCUUGUUGACCUUAAUAAGUUUAUUUAUUGUUUAAUCAAGUCCUUUUGCUGAGUUUCAGCUUGGGAUUCUCCUGCUUCGCCUCUGUCGUUCAGGCUGCUGGAGUAACGUGUCUAGGUGGGAACAAAAUUCCUGGCACUUCAAGUGCUGUCCAGCGAGCUGAGUACCCGUGUGUCUGUGUCACUGCAAAGGGCUGGGAAAGCCCUAAUGAAGUUCAAAUAAUUCUGUAACUAAAUCGAAGCAUUUCACCCAGAAUCUGACACUUAAAAAAAUCCACGUGGAUAGAAUCAGUCUUGUUCUGAAAGAAUCCACAGUCAGCGCAUUGGAUGAAAAAUAAUGGAGAGGAGUCAAUGUCUGUAAGAACAGAAACUAACUGCGGGUGGGUGCAGAGGGAAGCCGUGAGGGAUCGCUGGAAUCCCGUGUUAUUGUAGAGGAAUUGUGUUCAAGGUGGAUGGUGACUUCUGUUAAAACACAACUUCAUUAUUUAGUUGAAAGAAGAUUGUAGUACUUUUUUUUUUUUUUUACUUUAUCAGUUUUGUUUAAAGAAAAGGUAGUUUUGAGGUGCGUGUGAGUGCAUGAGCGUGGUAUGAAACCAGAACAUUUCAUCUAGCACUUCUGUCCCUAUUUAAAAUACAGCUCUGUGGACUCAAACAGCCGUCGUCUCCCUUUGUGUAGAAGUACAUUCUUCCUUACGGGGUUUAAAAAUCUUCGAGGCAGCUCCCAGGUACUGAUCUUUAGGCCGUCUCCCUGCUUGGGCGCCGAACCUGCCGCCUGGCUUCCGCUGCUGCAUGGUGGUGAGCGGGGACCCAAAUGACACGGGUACGGGAAAGGGCUCGGCCGGUACGGGAAAGGGCUCGGCCGGUACGGCUGCUUGUGCCGUGCCGGCGGAAUUCUGUGUCCGCUUUACCGAGCGCCCGAAUGCUGCCUGUGUGGGACAGGGAGGAGGAGUAGUAACAUCUUGCUGCUCACCGGCCAAAGGCAGAUUGCUGUUUUCUCCUUCCACAACACCCAAAUUCCAUUCCGUAGCUGACCGAAAGCAAGAGAUCCCUUCCCGGGUGGAUCGCUGCACCCCGAGACCCCCCCUGUGUGUACUGGGUAGGAGUGCUUGCGUAGCUCUUGCCUUGGGAAGUGGGAACGUGGGGAAAAGGGCAAGGUGUGGCACUCGUGCAGGACGGAGGUGAGCAGAAGCGGUUUGUGUUGGACUGGGCGGCGCACCGGAGGAAGCAGAGCCGGGUUUUUCGGGGAGGUGCGGGGGUACCCCUCGGGAGGGCACUGCAGGCCGCCCCCCGCAGUGUACAAAACAGACCCAGCGGGUUCCUAUUGUACAGCAGAAGCUGUUUGAACUUAGUAUCUUUUUUUUUAUUAUUUUUAAAUGUGACAUUAACAAGAUACUUUUUGUAAAUUGUUUUCCCUUUCUGUGUAUAAAUCCUGGCCGGUCCUUGUUUUGGUUUGUUUUUUUUUUUUACAUGUUCAUGCUGUGUAAUUUUGAGAUGUUACUGAGAUUCUGAACAUAAUAAUGUGCAUUUUUUUCUGUACAGAUGAAAUGGGAGAAUUUAAUAAAAGAGUCUGCAGGUUUUCA